CUGCGCAGUGUCGGCACAUCCGGGCACUGGGGCAGGAUGAGCGCUCCUUUCCAAGAUGGCGGCGGAGGGAGGUGGGAAGGAGAUGAACGAGAUUAAGACCCAGUUCACCACCCGGGAGGGGCUGUACAAGCUGCUGAGCCACUCGGAGUACAGCCGGCCUAACCGCGUGCCCUUCAACUCGCAGGGCUCCAACCCCGUCCGCGUCUCCUUCGUCAACGUCAACGACCAGAGCGGCAACGGGGACCGGCUCUGCUUCAAUGUGGGCCGGGAGCUCUACUUCUACAUCUACAAGGGGGUCCGCAAGGCUGCGGACUUGAGCAAACCAAUAGACAAAAGGAUAUACAAAGGAACACAGCCUACAUGCCAUGACUUCAAUCACUUAACAGCCACAGCAGAAAGUGUGUCUCUUCUAGUGGGCUUCUCUGCAGGCCAGGUCCAACUUAUAGACCCUAUUAAAAAAGAAACUAGCAAAUUAUUUAAUGAGGAAAGACUAAUAGACAAGUCCCGAGUAACCUGUGUAAAAUGGGUACCAGGUUCGGAAAGCCUUUUCCUAGUAGCUCAUUCCAGUGGCAAUAUGUACUUGUAUAACGUGGAGCACACUUGUGGUACCACAGCCCCGCACUACCAGCUACUUAAACAAGGAGAGAGCUUUGCAGUGCACACUUGCAAGAGCAAAUCCACAAGAAACCCUCUGCUUAAGUGGACAGUAGGUGAGGGUGCCCUGAACGAAUUUGCCUUUUCCCCCGACGGGAAGUUCUUGGCGUGUGUGAGCCAGGAUGGUUUUCUUCGCGUGUUUAACUUUGAUUCGGUGGAAUUGCAUGGUACAAUGAAAAGCUACUUUGGAGGACUGCUGUGUGUGUGUUGGAGCCCCGACGGGAAGUACAUAGUGACAGGCGGAGAGGAUGACUUGGUGACAGUUUGGUCUUUCGUGGACUGCCGAGUCAUAGCGAGAGGCCACGGCCAUAAGUCGUGGGUCAGUGUCGUUGCGUUUGAUCCGUAUACCACUAGUGUAGAAGAGAGCGACCCGAUGGAAUUUAGCGGAAGCGAUGAGGAUUUCCAAGACCUUCAUUUUGGCAGAGAUCGAGCAAAUAGCACGCAAUCUAGACUAUCCAAAAGGAACUCUACAGACAGUCGUCCAGUAAGUGUUACGUAUAGAUUUGGUUCAGUAGGCCAGGACACGCAGCUCUGUUUGUGGGAUCUUACAGAAGAUAUCCUCUUCCCCCACCAACCUCUCUCAAGAGCAAGGACACAUACAAAUGUCAUGAAUGCCACAAGUCCACCUGCAGGAAGUGGUGGAACUAACCCAGGAAGUAAUGGAAACAGUAUCACAACACCUGGAAACUCUGUACCCCCUCCUCUUCCACGGUCCAACAGCCUUCCACACUCUGCAGUCUCAAAUGCUGGCAGUAAAAGCAGUGUCAUGGAUGGUGCCAUUGCUUCUGGCGUUAGUAAAUUUGCAACCUUAUCGCUACACGAUCGGAAGGAAAGACACCAUGAGAAAGAUCACAAGAGAAACCAUAGCAUGGGACAUAUAUCUAGCAAGAGCAGUGACAAACUGAACCUAGUUACUAAAACCAAAACGGACCCAGCUAAAACUUUGGGAACACCUCUCUGUCCCCGAAUGGAAGAUGUUCCCUUGUUAGAGCCUCUUAUCUGUAAAAAGAUAGCACAUGAAAGACUGACUGUGUUAAUUUUUCUUGAAGACUGUAUAGUCACUGCUUGUCAGGAGGGAUUUAUUUGCACAUGGGCAAGGCCUGGUAAAGUGAGAUAAAGUAUGCAGUACCAAAAAUCAGGAUUUAUGUAUUGGCCAAUAUGGAAAACUUUAACUACAGGUAAGUAAUUUUCAUGCUGAAGUUAUCACUUUCAAAAUUAAUAUAUUGCACACUGAUGUAAAUGCCAUAUUCUUUAGGAUGUAUUUACUUAGAAAUUUACAAAUUAAUUUGUUUUUCUGAUUUCACUUGCAUUUCUAGUGAGCUCACUCUGCUGGUAAAAACUAAAUUUUGGUGGCAUGUUUACAGGGCUUUGUUAGGAAAAUACUUGUGCCAGAAGGACGUUAUGAGCAUCCUUUUUGUUUAUAGGAAAGCACUUAAUUUUAUUUAAUGAGAAUUGUCAAAGUAUAAAACACUCAUGGUGAUGUCUUUCUUACUGGGUUAUAUGCCAUCAUUUCUGUUUCACCAGCUGUUUUAUCCUAGGAUGUCCCAUUACUCUGGGGUUUAAAGUUGCUAUUUCUAGUCUUCCUUUGACAUAUGGCUCCCCAAGUGAUCCUAAAGCUCUGUCACUUUUUUGUCUGCCAACUCUGUAGAGUACAAGCCUCUGAAUCUUGCUGCUGCUUCCAUCAUUGCCUCAGAAGGCCUUCAUUAAAUUGAUGCCACUGCCAGCCUAAAGAAAGAAUUGGAUGGAAAAGGGAAGGAGGCUUGCAGUGUCUAAUGUAAUUUCCAUUGAGCCAGUGCUACCUCUCCCUCUCAUUUCCAACAGCCAUCAAAACAUGUGCUGGAUAAUUUGACAGUGUAUGACACAUUCUGUUUAUUUUUCUGGUUGGGCUUGUGCUGCCCUGAGUGGAAAAUAAAUCCAGAAGUGUCUCUUCAGCCAUGAUCCCUGUGAUAGUUGAUAGUCUGUACAGUGCUGAUAUUGUCCUGACAGUUUGUUUAUAAACUUUCCAAAUUACUGCUUUGGUGUGUACCAAAUCAUACCUUGAGCUUCCUCACGGGAUGCACCGUCCUUGCAUUGCACUUCCAGAACUGCUCUGCCAACUCCCAGUCAGUGAAGUGAAGCGAAUGGCAAAAUUCAAUUAGAAACAAGUUGGAUGAGGCUCAGGGUUCAUUAGUUUCAAUUUUUUAUUCUCUCUCUCUUUUUUUUUUUUUUUUUUUUUUGGUGAGCUGGUUUCUGUGAAAGAAGGUUCAGGGCGGUCAGAAAAAUAGGUUGCCUUAACAAGAGUAUGAGCUUUUCUUCUCAGCAUGGUGACAAUUAGCUGUCGUCUCUCACCCCUGUCUUUCCCAGGCCCUGAUGGCAAAUUUAAACGGGAUUACAGAACUGUUGGAUUAAUCUGGAAAGAUAGAAACAGAAUUUGGAAGGAACAAAAGUAAACUUUAUUGUGCUAUCUUUAUAGCUACGUCAAACUGAAUUACAGGAUCUGCAGAAGCAAUUAAAAAACCCCAACAAAAGCAACCCACAAAACCCCAAAGUGGUACUUGCAUAUGCAAAAUAAGUUUUCACUGAACUCAGUGGUCAGAGUCACUACUUACGUGAUUUCUGUGUUGGACUUCAGAACUGACUGUUCAUUGUCUGUGCAGCAACUCCAUUUUACAUGAGUGAAAGUUGCUGGUGAGCUCCCUGUGUCAGAAAGCUCAAGGUAAGAUUGGCCAAAAGCAUCUCCAGGUGAAAUGGUAGUGUAUAACCUAGCAAGAGAAACAUCCUACCACUUUGUAAAACAAAUGCACAUGGAAUUUAUUUAUUUGACUUAUUGUACAGGAAAACUUAGACUUAAAUUAUAACAUCCUUGAAUUUUCUAGUUAACUACAAUUGUAGUACAGUAUCAUGUUUUAGUAUGACUUCUGUUUUAGUGAAAGUACUUAAACAUUCAUGUACUAUAUUUGAGUGAGACGAGCAGCUAUACAUACUAAUUCUUCCUCAGUGGAAAGGAGCAUUUCAUCAUUACAAUUGAAGUUCAAUUGCUGGUAUUUAAGUACUAUCAAAUAGAUUUCUUUCAACGUGAUACGGUAUCUGUAUAAACUUCAGGGAUGAUUAUAGUUAAACUGAAACACAGCUAUACAACUUCAGGUUACCAUGCUAAAAUUUGAAGCUUUCUGUAAUGUGCACAAUAGCAAAGUUGCACAUGGCAUACCCACAUUGUCAGGGUGAAUUAAACCUAGAGUACACUGGUGUGAUAUUUAUAGCAAGGUAUGUGUGUGUGCGUGUGUGAGGAGGUGUGACAAGUGGCUCCAGUAAAGCCAGGAGAGAUCAUAACCCUGUAAAGGCUUUAUGAUGAGGAUGUCUGGAUUAGGAAAUAACAUGACUUUUACUAAACACUUUCUAGAAAACCCAUGUUCUGCAUUAUCACCUCUUAAAAUUUGAGUAUGUACUUGGAAUGACUGUAUAUGUCUGCCCCUUUAACAACAUAAAACUACUAAAUUAAUAUUUAAAAUGCUGGCCUGCUUAUGUUACAAUAAUAAAAUUUGUGUCAGUUAAUUUACUGUCAAUUUACAUGUAAAGAUUAAACUAUUUUUUCUGCAUUUUAUGAUUCUGUAUACUGGAGUUUGUUAAAGAUUGACAUGUUAGGUGAUACUGUACAAAAUUGUAUUGACUACCUUUAGUGAAAAUCAAAAGUAAAAUUCAUAUGUAUUUCCUUUUUACACUUCCAUCUAAUUUCUUGACAACUUGAAUAAAUUUCAUAGAGCCUUUCUAACAUGAACUAUUGUUAAUUUAACUGUUGCAAUAAUUAAGCUUUAAGAAGUAUUGUUGGUAUAUUUAUAAUUUUAAGAAGAUCAUGUUUGUUUCAUACUGCUUAUUUUUAGCUGUUCUAUUGUCACUGUUACAGCUGAAGAACUUUACUAAAUACUUGACAUUACAAAAUAACUUGCUGGGGUUGUCCUCUGUAUACUGACGUUAAAUAAAAAUGUGUGAUUGAACUGUAAAUGUAGAUAACUUUCAAUAGUCCUUUCCACAUUUGAGUUUUAAUUUAUCUUGCAGUGCUUAGGUGGUCUUGUGCUCUCACACUGUGCUGAACAAAUGGCCACAAUGAAACUGUUAACUUGCCAUGCUUUAAAGUAAGAAGUUGAUCACAUCUGUAACCUGCUCUGAGAAAAUGUUUCAGUUUGUCUCAAGACUAUGCAGAUGUUUUGAUGUUUAAAGCUUGCUGAUAAGGUCGUGACUCAAGGUAGCUAUUUUUUUUAGGACUAGAGUAACAUGAAACAGACUACUUACCAAACCACUUUUCAAACUUGUUUGAACUCAGAUUCAGCAGAACACAGACAUGGCUGUAUCUAGAUUCUCUCUGCACUCCUGUCCGGUAGCAGCUGGGGCAGAGUGUCGUCAUUCCUUCUAGGACUCUACAGGAGCUCUUUCCUCUGUGGACUCUGGUGCAGGGUAUGUUCUUUAUUCCAGCUUUAGAUCUUGGUGUUUACCUAAUGUUUGCUGAAUUUACAGCCCUGAGGAUAUGGCUCAUACAGAUGAUUCAAGCAUUUUCUGUCUAGAAAAAAAUAGUCUAGCAUGAAACUCAUCUGAACUAAAAUAAACUAGUCUAAAACUUUGACUGCAAAAUUUCUUGGAGCAAAUUUAGGUGAAGACUUCAGAUGUUGCCCUUCCUUUUGAGGGGUUAGGCAUUGUCUCACCUUUGCAAUGGUCAUUCUUUGUUAACAAAGAAAAGCCAAACAAAUGCUAUUUACUGAAAUGUUUCAGAGGCAUUUUUGAGGAAUUUCAGUGUAAAAGUGAGUUACUUUGUGUCUAGUCUGACAGGGAGGACUCUUGUUUGUCUCUUGUGCAAAAGUACUCUGUAGACUAAAGCUGAGGCAAUCAUCUUAUGUAAACUUGAGAACUUUGUAGUACUUCAAAGGUAUUGGUUGACCAUUGUGAUGAUCUGUACAUAGAACAUAGAUGCAUAUUUAAGAACAGGGGCCAGUGAAAGAAAAAAAUGAAAUCUGCUUGAACACUUCUGGAACAUCCAGUUAUAUCAAAUUAUGCAAGAACUGGUUGGUCAAACCAGUUUCUCAAUAGUCAGUGUGAGCCUGAAACAAAACACAGCUUCCACAGGUUUUGUGGUCAGAGAAGGUAUUUGGCAAAAUAUGGCUUGAAACAUGAAGGUAUCAUUUUACUUGCCUUUCAUAAUGUUGCACUAACUUCUCAAGGAAAUAACUUUUAAGAUAAUGCUAUUUUCUGGGUUCUGAAGCUGGAUUUUAGGUAGGUGCUGCUCAACCUUAUCAAACUCAUUUGCCUCCUUUCUUCUGCUAAGACCACAGCUGCUUUACUGCUAACUCACAUGGGGUUGCCUUAAGUCAUAUGCUUUUCCCUGAGGUUUUCCCUGGUUUAUCUCAAUUACAUUAUUUUCUAAACUGACUUUUGUAGUUUGAGGAAAGUAGAGAAACAACAGUUUAUAAGUCUGUGAGCCCUUACUGCUUGAUUGAAGCUUAAGGUCCUAUUUUUUGAGCCCAGGUCAGGUUUCUGCUGGCAAAAGCCUUUUUGCAUUUUCAAGCACCCAAGUAGUUGCAUCUUACUUUUUUUUCCUCUUGGACCUGCAUAUCUUCCAUUCACCUAGUGCUACUGGACAGAUUUUUAGUUACUGAUGGUUUUCUACCAGCCUUGAAUUUGUUUUUUUUUUUGUUGACAGUCACCUCUGUUAAAACCCCUUUAUAUGCACAGAAGAGAAGUUUCAAGUGAAACCCUAAAGGUGCUACAGUCUUUUAUGAGGUCUGGUGUCAAAUGGUUUAUGUAUUUAUACUUUUGUGUAAUGUUAUCAGAACAGAGAAAAAAAGGCAAAGGGAAUCCAAAUUUAAAAGCCCAUUUAGUGAACACACAAACUGUGUUCAGCUUUGCUGUAUCCCCCUAAAACCCUACAGAAUAUUUCUCUGUAGCAUGUUAUGUAUAUGAACAGCAUGUGCUUUCCUGAGCAUUCUUACUAAAUUAAUUUUAUUACUCCAUUAGAUUAAUAUAUGAUUUAGUGAGUAUAUGCAGUUUAGAAACUUUUGCUGUUAAAGACUUAUUCUUUGGAUAAAGAACUUGAAGAUUUUGUUCAUGCAAGUCUUAAAACCAGUUCAGCUAAUUUAACUACAGAAUUUUAAACAAAUAUGAGAAACCUCACUUUGGUUUUGGUGUAUUAUUGUUCCAACAUUAAUGGACCAUGGGCUCUUUUCUCAAGCAAAGCUUCAGUCCAGAUUACUUUGUAACUCUAGUUACCUAGUAGCCCUAAUUACUCAGGAAUAUCACAGUUCUGGACAAGAAUAAACUACUUCUGCAGUAUUUUUCAAAUAAUAACUUCCCAUUAUUUUACAUACUGGCAAUAGUAGAAAUGGUUUGACAAACCAGUACCAUUCUUGUAUGGGCAUUUGUUAAUUCAGACACAUUUUAACUGGUUUAAUUGCAUUAGUGAAGUGUACUAUGAGACUUCUUUUUUUACAUUGGAUUGUUUGUUAUGUUGGACCCUUUCCUUUAUUUUUUCUACCUUUCAAUUUCAAACCAGAAAGUAAAAAGAUGAGCAGAGUUUGACAUCCAGCAUGUUCUGAGUGCCAGUGGAGCUGUUUCCCUGAAGGAGACAUGCACUUUCUGUAUCCUGCUUGCAUGUCCAAACUUGCUGUGUAUUAUCUAGAUUAGUGGAACUGUGUAUGAUUGCACCUUUGGCUCCAAUUAAACAUCUUCUAAUUUAAAUUAAGAAAAUAUUAACUCAGUGGCUACUGCUUACUAUUUUCCUAUUUAAUAUUGCAAUACCUUCCUGUUUGUUUUUGGUUUUUUGUGGGUGUGGGGUUUUUUUGUUUUUUGGUUUUUUUGUGUUUUUUUUAAUACAGCAAUUACAUGCUGAUCUUUCAUAGAAUUAGUUUCUCUUGUGAAACAUGACAUUUCAUGUCAUUGGUAAAAAAACCCCAGACUUUUGUCUGGAUUGUAUCUGGAAUUUUUAAAAAUAUACCCACCCCUCUCCUCACAAUCCCAUACAUGGGGAGGAGGGUUUGUGCUGCUGCAGCAAACAGACCCCAGCAAUGAGUGCCAUGAACCUCGGGUGCAAAUGGCCUUCCUGAUUGUGUUUGUUAUGGCUUUUCAUUCCUCCCCAUGCCAGCGUAUUUUCACCAGAUGUGCAAAGUCCUGUGUGUUUCAGGAAGUCAGAGAAUGCAUGGAUAAACAGGAGAUAGCCUGUGUUCAGCACUCACAGCACUGACUGACUUAGGAAAGAUGACCCCAUCCUCUGCAGCUGCAUUGCUCAGCUGUGCAGUGUCCCACUGAGAUGACAGCAGCUACCUCUCUGAGGUUGGGAUGAAUAUUGUUUCACUAAAUUCCUCUCUUGAAUCUCAUAACUUUUCCAUUCCCCGCGCCUGCUAGACUCCUAUGCUGACAAAAUACUACUGCUAAUAAAACACUACAUUUAUUUACAAAACUUUGAGCAGUGUCUUAAUUUGUUCCUGCUGCUUGCUCAGUGGGAUCUGUUUGUCCUUAGGCCGAAGCUGCCGCACCACGCGGCAGAGCUGCAGCUGUUGUGGCUCUGCUCUUCCCUGUUUCUGUCACAGCUCUUAAGCAGGCUGACUUGGCUGUUGCUCUAAUAAGUUGCUGCAGCUUUUGUUUCAUCUUUUCCCACCUGAUAGACUGGGUGGUUCCAUCACAGAAAGCACUACACUCUAAUGGCUUUCUUCUUUCUUUACAGGCAGGAGCUUUUUAUAUCUUUUCAUUACCUUACCCAUCGUGUUCUUCCAGAGAAUGUAACUACAACUGUUCCAAUGCCACACCCUUUGUAUCACAGAUGAGAUUUACUGAGAACUUUUGUAUCAGAGCAGUAACUUUAUUUGAGCCCUCACUUGCUUUUCUUAGGUUGUUUUCCUCUAUCACCAAACACAUUCUGAUUAAUAGCCUUGCUUGGAAGGCUCUGGAACAAUGGCAAAAUGCUGUAGAAUUUUUGUUUCAAUCAGGACCCACUGAGAACUCACCACCUUCAGUGAAACUUAUGUGCCUAAAAACCAAAUUCAUACUCUUGCUUUUCUUGUAUGAACAUUUAAGAUCUCUUCUGAAAUCAAGUACUUGGAAGAACUCACAAACUUUGUGGUCUCUCCCCUAGGAGUGAAUUUCUGAAUGGUAUCAUAGCCUAGUCCAAGUUUUAAGGCAGUACUUGCAUACAUUUGUUCCAUCUGCAGAAGCACAAGGAUAUUGGUCUUGAGGUUAUUUCCACUUCAUUGUUCCUCUGGCUUGCCUGCUCAGAGUUGCAGAAUUAAUUCAGAGCAAGGACUGACAUACAAGAAAUUCCUAGUACUCACUGAAGGCCAUCUGCACUGAGCUGCUGCUCUUCACAGCAGGGAGCAUUCACCACCUAUGAGAUGUAACUAGGACUGACUCCUUGUUCCUAGUCUUGAAACUUGUAUUCUAGAAUGGCUCAUAGUUCACAGGGAAUAAGGCACCACACUGAAUUUCAGUAUGUGCUGCCAGUUUCUAGAGGAAUCCUAGGAAAAGAACUUCAUUUUGUUUCCCAGGAAUUGGUUGUGUUACAAUGUAAAUCCAAUGCUAGAAUAGAUUUAUUUCUCCUGUAUAGGGUUGUUAUGAGCCUGUUGAAAAAGACUUGACAUUAUGCCAUCCCUAGAGCUUCCUGUGUGUUUAUAAAGCACAUAUUUGCAUAUGAACAGUGUGGAUGGCUGAUUUAAUUAAAACUGAAAAUAAUACCUUUGGACGUCUUUUUCCAGGGUACUUCAAAGUUGCUUAGUGGAUGUAAUCUUCUGACAAGAAAGACCUUCCAGUUGCUGCUGGAUUUAAUAGACUUGUGAAGAAUGCUUCAGUAAUGAACUAGCGAAUUCUGAUUCAACCUUGUCAUUUUGCAACAAAACUUCCCUGGUAAAAAUUUCAGAAGUGCUUCAGUGGCUUGUUUGUUCUAAAGUUCUGCCUUCUUUCACCAUCUAGUCCUUAAGUAAUAACCAGGAAACUUUUUGUUCUCAUGAAAUAUGCAGGAUCUUUGCACAUCCCAAAUGUCAAAUGUAAAGAACAACCCACUUCAGUCUACCUCAACAGUGUCUGAACCAGAUAUUCCCUGCAUAAACAAAUACAAAUAAAGGUGUUCAGGUUCCUUCAGGUGAGCUCUGUGGAAGGCACCAAGUUAAUUUCCAUGUGGCCUGUUAUAUAUAAAUGUUAUAUGGACCAUAUGCAAAUACAGUCUGUCAUAAAUCCUACAAGCUAUCCAGGCUCAUGACAUGUUUGAAAUGAUCAGAUGUUCUUUUAAAAAGAAGGGCUUUGGUUUUCACAGGAAUUUGAUGACUUGAAUCCAGUCAGUCUGGCCCUCUUUCCCCUCUUUCCACCUCUUCUGAGGUCAGGGUUUACUUCCAUCAUCAUGACCUCUCAGUUCUUGGAUCCAAGUUUGAAAGAGCUCCUGUAGAUUCUGAAGAAGUGACAUAGUUCUGUCUUUUUCUGUAUGCUAAUUGCUGCCUGAUCUUGUCUAGUUUGAUGGAUCUGAGUCCCAGGAUCUUAAUUUUGAGGUAAGAACAUAAGCUGGGAGCUGCUUAGAGGAGUUGCUGAAAGUGCAGUUAUGAUACCUACCAGGUGAGGAGUUGCAUGGGGAUACUUGCUGGUGUGCUGCCAGCUGCUCCUUGGCCUGCUGGCACUCGGUACAACCAACUAAUGCCCUUAUAAGGCUAAAUUGUAUUUUGACACUAAGCUUUUCCUAAGUAAGCCUGAUAAAGUUGCUUGGAGGUGAAUUAUUAAAAAGUGGCUACUAUGCAUAAAUCUGAAAUGGAGUCUGUCCAUUGGUACCCAGGGGUUUAAGGUGUAGCUGCUGUAACCCGGAGCAGCAGCCUUUGUGCACUGAGGGGCUGUGUGUGAAAUAAGGCUCUUGAUUUGAAUGGCAGGGUAGUUAGAAGAGCUGGUACCAAGUUUUCCUGAACUUAAAUUGUAAUAGGAAAUCUCUACUGAACUCUUGUCAGGGUUUCAUUCUGUUUUAAAAUUACCAAAACAAAUAUUUGGUUAGAUGAUGUAUUUUUCUAUUCAAACCUUGUAAUACUCAACCACAUAUAAGAGAUGGAGUGUUUCCCUGUAUCAGGUCAGGUGUCAAACAUUGAUAUCGGAAUAGGCUUUGACACCCCAGUAAAAUGCUGAUCACUUUUUUGGUGUAUGAUUUUUAAAGUUUCACAGUUCACUAUGACUCCAAAUGCAAGGUAGAUUAAACCAAAUGCUGGGACCAGAUCCAUUCCGUGUCAUAAACGCACGUUUCUUCCUGUCUGAGAGCUCUUUGUGCACUGCUUGCCUGAGAUCGUGGUGGCUUAGAGCCUUUGGAGGAGAGAAGGUGCUAAUAAGCAAGUGUUGGUAAAAAUCAACUGUACUCGUUGUAGGUUCAGGUUAAGAACUUUAUAAAAUUCAUGUCAGGUUCUCUUGCUGGAUUAAUGUAAACUGCUUUGUUUGCAGGGUUUAUUGUCAUCCCAAAACCAGGCCAAUUCUCCAAGUGGAACUGUAGUAUAGCAUCACACUACUGCUAGCAAAUCUCUGAACGCAGGACAAGAAGUAAUGGCAGUGGAACCAGGAGCUGUUCUUCAGGCAAAGAGCAUCACAAAUUAUAAUGUGGCAGAGUGUAAACAUGGAAUUAUGUGAAUCACAUAGUGACUUGCAAAGGACAAAUGUAAGGAGUUCUCACUACAGCUGAUCCUGCUAGGCUGCUCACCCAAGGAAGAGUUUGCAUUGGAGAAAAAGCAAAAAGCUUCCUUUAGUACUGCAGGAAAAAAGUAGUAACAUUUUUGUUUUCUUUAUACUUUUCAAGUCCAGUGUAAUUUAAUCUCUCUAUAAAUAUAUAAAUAAAAGUUAUACAUAUAUAUAUAUAGUGUAAAAUAAGAUAUGUUUCUUAAAUUCAAGUAAGUUCAAUGGUUAAACUAGUACUUCACCAUUGUUUAUUUUGCACUGAUUUUUUUAACCAGAGAUGGCUAGAAGACAGCCUGGAAUGCACUCAUGGAAAAUGAAAGUCAUUACUUUCUGGCUUCAAAAUGUUUUUCAGGAAGAUGGAUGCUGCAAUCAUAGAUUUUUUUAAAACAAAAUUGUUUUGCACUUAAAUAGUUUAAUGCUUAUAGAGAAUUACUUUAAAAUUGGUGUCCAGACACCAGAAAAACUAUGUUGUGGAGAAAAGAUCCUUUGUAUCUAUUAAACAUUUAUUUUAAUAUUGUUGUUUCCAACUGCAAUCGGCUCUGUAAUAUAUGUAUAAAUAAUGUAAUUCAGUGAUGGGGGAUGGGAGUAAUGGAUCAUUACACUAGAAAUUCUCAUUCAUUUAAGAAAGUGAUAUUUCUAAUUCAGAAAAUACAUAUUAAACUAUCUUGAAUAUGCA